AUGCCCAACCAGCUCGCAGAGGCAAGCAAUGCCGGAUCGCCUUUCACCCAAGCCCAACAGCAAUGGCUUCGGAACUUCUCCGACGAUAUCAAGAGAUCCGUGGAUGAUGCGGUAAGGGCAGCCCUGGCUGGCAUCCAACCCGCCCGGACUCAAUCACAAUCCUCCAGCCAACCGGCCAGAACACCAUCCGUCCCGACACCUACAUAUGAGGAUCAUAUCAAACCUACGGAGAUCGGCUUCUUUUACCCUAAUGUCACCACCGAAUGGACCUCGGAUUCCACCAUCACCAAGGAUGGCAAAACAUACUACCGCAGCCUCCCGGCCUUCGUUGACCGCGUUCAGGCUCUGGCUGUGACAAGGAACGCCGCGGCAAUCCGUCAGACUCUCGAAUUAUGCUUGAGAGGAGAAGCAGAGUCCUGGUGGAACGAAGAGCUGGACAAUAUCAGUCGCAUCAGUAUCGUUCAGAGCCAAAACGGGGUAGACGAAUGGUGCAAAGCCCUGGAAAAUCGUUUCAAAGAUUCACCAUUAGACGCAUUGAACAAGCUGAACUCGCUCAAAUACACAAUGACUGACGCCCAGAAACGAAGGAGUCCCUCUGCGUAUAUGGCGGAAGUCAUUGCCGCAGCUAAAGCAUGCGGAUACGAUUCCGACGAGUCCGCGUUCGUCCCAUUCGCCUGGAAUAGGAUCGACAUCCGCCUGAGGAACUCAAUCGACGAACCGGCACCAGGAACCUCAGUCGCUACGUUCAUGGAAACACUUCGCCGAAAGCAAGCAAACUGGUUUGACGAAGCCGCCCAAGCAUUCAUAGGUCAGGACCGUGGAGCCAACUCCGGAUUUCGCGACCGUCAGGAAUACUGCCCAUGGAGUACGAAUUGGAGCCGCAAAACCCAAUCACGGGGAAUGAACUUCAAUGCUAAUGCAAGCCAACCCUACGGAUCAAACGAUUCUUCGAUAAAACAGGUUUCAUUUCCAACGAGAGGAUCCAUCACGUCAGGAAACGAACCGUCAGGUCCGCAGAACCAACUCAACCAGGAAAAAUCGAAACGCGCCGGAGGCCAAUAUCAAAGAAACACCCAGAAAGCCCAGCAUGCGGAUGUGCGAGACGAGGACGACGAGGACUGCGACCCUGACAACCAGGAGGCUAACUGGAACGAUACAAUUCGGGAGGAAGACCUCAACGAUUCGAACCGAUUGCCGGAGGACGACAAAUUCGAUGAAAAGGCCUGGGCCUUCAACGGAUGGGUUGAAAAAGCUAGUGCACCAGUCGUCUGUAACGUCUGUGAUAAGGGAUUCGUUUCGAUAAAUCAACUACACCAGCAUAUCAGAACAGAGCACACUGCAAAAGCGUGCGAACCCUCCGAUCGCCAGGCCGAACUGACCUUCUCCAGCCUUCGUCACAAACUCGGUGAUGAGCACUUGGAAUUCGUUCCAUGGGGAUGCGUAAACGACAUGAGUGAGAAUCUCAAUCUCGGUCGUGUCUACGACUUCUCUUACGACAACACAACGCCACCCGAAACCGAGAGCCGUCCGAAUCAAGACGUGGAACGUAGCGCUGCGGGAAUUUUCCAUGUCCAAACCAUCCUGAGAACCGCCGCAUCGAAGACAGACAAGAAUGUUGACAAAUGGCUCAAAGACGUGAACUCCGGAUCCGUAGCGGACAUGCAAAGUUCGGUUGACGGGGUCAUGAAGGAGCUGUGGGAUACAUUCAAGGGCGCGCUGAAUGAACUACUGCCCUCCAAUAUCAGUAUUGCAUCGCCUGUCCAAACCGUUCUGAAGCCGGAGGCAUUCCAGGAAACACUUCUCAAAGCGCUCAACUGGAAGUUGGUGGCAGACAUGGAUCCUGCGCAAAUCGUUCGGGAGGGCGCAACCAGGGACAGGAAAGCUGUGGAAACGGCCGUAACCAGCCUCUGGACCAGAGGACAAAAGGACUUCGCAAGGGAAUACGCAGAGAUGCCACCUUCCGAUGUGAGGGAGUUCGGAUUGGCUCAGCUGACACGCCUCGAAAAGGCAGACGCCCAAACGGUUUCGACCCAUGAGACUCCAUUAACCGCUACAUACUCAGCUACCGCCACACCAUCCGCAGCCGCCACAGGUGAUUGA